AUGGAUGUUGAAGUUAUUGAUGUGGAAGGAAUGGGGCAUCGUGGAAUUGCAGAUGAUGGUGAUGCCGAAAGGAGUGAAGGUGGAGAAGUGAAUAAUGCUGAAAAUUCCGAGGCUCACGAUGAGGAUGGGAUUUCUGAGCCAUACGUGGGUAUGGAAUUUAAUUCUGAAGAGGCUGCCAAGACUUUCUAUGAUGAAUACGCUAGACGCUUGGGUUUUAGCUCUAAAGUUGGUCAAUCUAGUCGUUCUAAACCUGAUGGGACAACCAUUGCUCGGGAGUUUGUAUGUGGCAGAGAGGGUUUGAAAAGAAGGCAUGCUGAUAGUUGUGAUGCAAUGCUUAGGAUAGAGUUAAAGGGUCAAGACAAGUGGGUUUCAACUAAAUUUGUGAAGGAGCAUAGUCAUGCCUUGGUGAGUCCUGGUAAGGUGCAUUACCUUCGGCCUCGCCGGCAUUUUGCUGGUGCUGCAAAGAACGUGGCUGAAACUUAUCAAGGAGUAGGGAUUGUUCCCAGUGGUGUUAUGUAUGUUUCCGUGGAUGGAAACCGUACCCCUGUAGAGAAAAACCGUGUAGUUAGGAAUACUUUAUCAGCAGAAUCAAAUCGGCCAGUCAAGAAUGCUGUAACAAUGAAUCAACUUAGGCCUUGUAGUCGAAGGAGGACACUAGGGAAGGAUGCUCAGAAUUUGCUGGAGUAUUUCAAGAAAAUGCAGGCUGAGAACCCUGGUUUCUUUUAUGCAAUACAACUUGAUGAAGAUAAUCACAUGGCAAACGUUUUCUGGGCAGAUGCGAGGUCAAGAGCAGCUUACUGUCAUUUUGGUGAUGCAGUUACGCUGGAUACCACGUACCGAGUAAAUCAGUAUAGAGUGCCAUUUGCUCCAUUUACAGGAGUUAACCAUCAUGGUCAGACAGUUUUGUUUGGUUGUGCAUUACUUCUAGACGAGUCAGAAGCAUCUUUUAUUUGGUUGUUCAAGACAUUCCUUACAGCAAUGAAUGAUUGCCAUCCUGUCUCGUUUAUGACUGAUCAAGAUAGAGCCAUACAGACAGCAGUUUCUCAGGUGUUUCCAGAAGUCCGCCACUGCAUUAGCAAGUCGCAUGUCUUAAGAGAGGGCCAGGAAAGAUUGGCGCAUGUAUGUCAAGCACAUCCCUAUUUUGAGGUGGAACUAUAUAAUUGUAUUAAUUUGACUGAAACUAUCGAGGAGUUUGAAUUGUCGUGGGAUUCUAUCCUUGAUAAGUAUGACCUCAGGAGAAAUGAUUGGCUUCAAUCAUUAUAUAGUGCUCGUGCUCAAUGGGUGCCUGUGUAUUUUCGGGAUUCCUUUUCUGCUGCCAUAUCUCCUAAACCUAAUCAAGGGCAUGAUGGUUUUUUUGAUGGCUAUGUGAAUCAACAGACCACAUUACCAAUGUUCUUUAGGCAGUAUGAAAGAGCUUUAGAGAACUCGUUUGAAAGGGAAAUAGAAGCAGACUUGAUACAAUUUGCACAACGCCAGUAUUGA